CUCUGUCUCCUAUAUUAUAUCUGCUCUAGCUUAAUACGUGAUCUAAUAUCAGAUCUGCUUGCUCUCUGUGCGACGGCGCCCACCCUCCACUUCCGGCCCAUCUACAUACCGCCUGUGUUGCUCUGACGGAUUCCGCCGUUCUAAUAACAACCUCCAUCUCUUCGACACGUCUGAGCAAGCGUAUUUAAGAUUGUUUCGCGCAGAUCCCCCGAGAUCUUUUUCUCUCUUUCUUCCUACCUGACCUCAUCACAUCAACACUCGAACUCGAUCUACCUUAUCCGUGCUCGACUCUACUGCUCUAGUUCAACCACGCUAAGCGCGCUCCCGCACCAAAACAACCACGAUCAUCACGUCUGAAACCGCGAACUGCCCGCGCUCGACUGCCUAUUCCAAGUCGCGCUGAAUAAGUUAGCCUAUUAAUAGUUCGCUAUAACUAUCUCGCGACAAUUGCUUUUCCGACAUGGCUACUUUAACCAUGAGCCCCGCUGUCCGUCAGCCGUUUGCCAGUGUGGACGGCCCGCGUAUCCGGUCCCUGCUGAAGACCAAGAUGAACCUCACCAACCAGCAGAAUGGCGCCUCCCCGCUCUCUCUGAAGCGUCCUGCGACCUCCGACUCGGAUUCGGAGAACGUCGAUCCCGCGACUUUCGGCCUGUCCAUCAAGCGCAAGCGUUGCUCCGAUGAUGAUGACAUGUCCAAGGAAAACCUGAAGCCGGCUAAGACGUCUCGCUUCGUUUUGACUACUGUCGAGUCCAAUGUGACUCUCAAGGCUACUCCAUUGAGCACUCGUACCAGCCGUGCCUCAACCCCUGCGUCGACCCAGAUCAAGCCGGCCGGACGUUCCCCUCAGAUGAAGGCUCGCAAGGUCUUCGGUCGUCGCUCAGUCAACACCAGCCGCGUCGAGCCUGUUAUUCCUAAACGUGCUCCAGUUUCUCGUGCUCCGUUUUCCAUCACUACAGCCUUGUCGACCGGAAAGUCCAAGGCUUCCUCUCGCCCCAAGCCCAGCACUUGGUUCUUUGACAUCCACGUCGACUCAGAGCAGGAUGAAAUGACCAACUUGAUGCAACACUCGACCUGCGUCCUCGACAUCAGCGAUGACGAGGGCAAGGGCAAGACCGAUGGCCGCGGCAAGGAAAACAUUCCUCCGCACGAAUUGGGUAUCCAGCUCGCAAGCUCUACUAACGUCUCUGUCGCUACUUCCCGCAAGAACAUGAAGACGAUCGAGCCUCGCUCUCCCCUUGGAGAGCUGGACGCUACCGAUUACUACGCAGAUGGCUGCCACUCUCUUUCUGUCGCUGUCAUUUACGAUGAAGAGCCCCAAUCGACCUCUGAGAAGAUCGCCGACAUUCCAUCCGUCCAGGCUCCUAAGAAGCCAGAGCAGGCCAACAUUGCUUCUAUUUCCUCCUUGCUCGCGGCCACCGCUCCAGUUAAGGAAGACGCUCCUAAGACCGCAACCACUACUCCCACUGAGACUGAUAUUGAGAUCUGGGAGAGCGGUAGCGCCGCCGAAGAGGCCGCAGCUAACGCUUCUACCGAUGGCGCUGAGCCUGCCAACAUCUUCUUUUCGUAGAAUUGUUUCGAUUUCAGUCACUCUAGCGCGGCGUUGACAGGUUCACUGCUUGGCAGGUGGCCCCUUCUUCUACUGUAAAGGCGUUGGGCACAAAUGGAUAGCGGCACUCAUGGCGUUUCUUCGGACUUUCGUUUUCUACAAUACCCCAUUUC